UCCAUUCGCGUGAACUUGUUUUGGAAACCCCGAAGAUGAAGACGUCAAUCAUUGCCUCCUUUAGUUUGUUUUUAUUCUGUGCAGUUUCCAGCACCAGUCAAGCCCAUUUACGGGAAAGAAGGGAAGCUGCAUCUGAGAUUACAGUGACCCUAAAGCUCGAUUGGAAUGUCACCGCUCUUGGUAAACCGAUCCCACCAAGUUACACCACAAAGGUCCCCAACGGUACUGUUGUACAGGACAUCAUGAACAAAGCAGCAGGCGAAGAUAAGCAGAGCCCCUUUAACUAUUACAAGAACACCUACUAUGGCGGGCUGGGGUAUCUGAUUACUACUAUAAAUGGAACGGGACAAAAUCAAGGCACAAGUUCCUACUGGUCCAAAUUUGAUGGAGACAGCUUGGUGGCUUUUCCCUGUGGAGGAGACUCUUAUGUCCCCUACAACGGCUCCACGAUUCUAUUCCGGUUUACGGCAGACCCCUACCCGAAUAAUAAUAAAAGCGCAAAUGGAUAUUGUAGUGGCCACUCUACCUCUAGUCAGGUACCACUCUCUGCAAUCACAGUUACCAUUGGAAUGGACUGGAAUACGGACGUGAUUAAAAAGUCAAUCCCAUCUUCCUACUCCACCAAAGUCGCCAAUGGCACUUCUCUUCGAGAAAUAAUCAACAAAGCUGCAGAUCAAAAUCGGCGGGGUCCUUUUGAUAAAUAUACAUCCACCUAUUAUGGCGGUCAGGGGCAUUUUAUAACUUCCAUGAAUGGUAAUAAAGAGGAUUCGAAGACUGACUCGUACUGGAUGAUCUACGACAAGACAACAAAGGAACUCUUCAAACCCUUUAUAGAUCAAUAUAAACCACAGUACGGUUCAACUACCAUCCUAAAGUUUAUAACAAGCCAAGAACCGGAACCUAGCUCUGGUUGCAAUUUUAUGGGAACGAGUUUGGUAGUGCUGUGCCUCUUGGCAAUCGUGGAAGCCCUGUGAUUGUUUAAACGCAAAGUCAACAGGAACGCCGUCCUAGUCUAAUUGUGCAAUGGUGGUAUUGAGUAAGCUCGAGUAACGCAUUAAAGAAGUGCGAGAAUGGAUUUUCUCUUUGACUUUGUCGUAUUAGUGGCAAUGUAGUAUUAGUUCUAGCCUCUUCAAGAACCGGGACGAAAUGGUAGAAGGCGCGAUAGUAACGGCCGAGUGAAAACAAGGGAGGUAUGGGUCGUCCAUAUUCUCGUACCCAGACCUCUCAAGGCCAAGCAGUUCAGUCGCAGUUAAACGGUAGGAUCUGGCUACGAGAUUAGAUCGUUCAUUACGCGAACCGACCAAAACCUCUCUCGUCUUUUCACUCCUUCACCACUAUCGGGUUGUUUACUAUGACGCUUCGUUUUCCUUACUGAACGCAUGAACAGGCUGUAUUAGUUCUGAAGGUGCAAAAAGCAUUAGUGAGAGCUUGGAACCCAGCUCUCUAGUAGAGGGAAAAUUUCAAGGAGCAUUUUAGCGUAAAUUUGCGAUAAGUUUAUUAGUUGAUACUGCACGUAUCUCAACAAAAAUAUAUAAAUUUGAAGCCUGCAGUACUUUCUAAGUCUUCUUUGUGCUGUCUAAGAGUGGUAGAUGCUAGUUGCUGGAAAAUUCUGGAAUUCAUUUUUUUUUCAUAGUUGUUAAGGGAAAUUUGUUAUUCUUUUUACUGGUAAUGCGAACGAGGGGGAAUAAAGUGUUUAACUCGCGGUUAA